CAUUGUCAAUCAAUUUCAUCUGUCAUUUGGAUUUACGAUUUCGUUUCUGGUAUAUUUUUAUGAAAUUCAACUGAUUAAAUAUUGGCAUGAUAAACUUUCAGUUUUAAGGAAAUAUUAAAUCAAUUCUCUUAAGUAAACAUUUUGAUGUUUACAAUGGCAUUGGCUCUAAGGAAAACUACCGACAUCAUCUCUACCUCAAAAUGGAUUAUGCGAAGAGGCUGCUUAUCCUUCUCUACUUUACCUGAAAAAGCAGAGGUCACAGAACAAUCUGAAAUUGAUGUAAAGCGGCGUUCUAGCCGAAAACCAAUCAAUCCUAUUUUAGAGCACAGACAUAAAUAUCCUGAGUUUCUACCUGAUCCGAACCCUAAGUGGAGAAACAGUCUUCGUGAGAAACUGGAGAGAGCCGAUAUGUUAAAAAGAAGAAAUCAAAUUGACAUACCUGAAUUUUAUGUUGGAUCAAUUCUUGCUGUCACCAUAACCGAUUCCCAUGCUCAAAGCAAGACCAACAGGUUUGUGGGCAUAUGCAUUGAAAGAAAAGGAUGUGGACUUCGUGCAGAUUUUACUCUUAGGAAUGUUGUAGAUCAUCAGGGAGUAGAGGUGAGGUAUGAUCUUUAUGACCCAACCAUUCAUCAGAUUCAAGUAUUACGUCUUGAGAAACGACUUGAUGAUAAAUUGUUAUAUUUAAGAGAUGCUCUGCCUGAAUAUAGUACAUUCCCAUUUGAUAUGGAUCCCGAAAUAUUACCAGAAGGAACACCUGUGCCAAUCAACCCUGUUCAAGUACAACUGAAACCAAAACCUUGGUUAGAAAGAUGGGAAAGGCAAGAACUCAAAGGUGUUUCCAACAUCGAGGAACAUUUGAAAGAAAAAGAUAGGGUUAGGAGAGAGCUUAGGAAGAAACCUUGGGAGAAAUAUGACUUAAUGCUACAGUAUAGGAAAACUAUACCAAUGGAAGAGCAAAGUGAGAUUUGGAGUGAAGUUUACAAUCAACUAAACCAGUUACAAGUCCAAAGAAAGAAAGUCUCUAGGAAACGCACAUAUAGUACACCAAAAACACAACUUGGUUGAGCAG